CUACUGGAUAUAUAAGAGCAGCGUCAACUCCCCAUCAUUACGACCAGGAAUACGACUUUCCCGAAGCAGAUCCUCUGUUUAGCCCACCACUCAGGACAAUGGAUCGGAUCCCAGCCGGCGAACCAAAACAACGACGCCGUAAAAGGGGCAGACGAAGCGGUCUUCUGGUCAGCCUCCGGAGACGGGCACAUGGCGCACCGCUCCCGAGCAUACUACUCGCCAAUGUCCAGUCUCUUGACAACAAGGUUGAUGAAAUCCGAGCAAGGGUAGCAUUCCAGAGAGACACAAGAGACUGUAAUGUUCUUUGCUUCACGGAAACAUGGCUCACUCGAGACACACUAUCGGAGUCGGUACAGCCACCUGGUUUCUUCACGCAUCACGCUGAGAGAAACAAGCAUCUUUCUGGUUCAAGCCCAGCACUGUGUGUGGUACGGUGAGUGUGGGGAGUCCGACAAGGUCCCGGGGAAGAAGUACAACUGCAACUAUACAGGACCACCUAUCCCACUCCCAGCAGAGGGCCAUGAGCUGCUCACAGAGCUGUGUCCAGGCUAUGACUAUGGGAACCAGAGUCUGUGCUGUGAUGUCCAGCAGCUCCUGACUCUUCAAGGGAGCCUUCAGCUUCCCCUACAGUUCCUCUCUCGAUGCCCAGCCUGUUUCUUCAACCUGAUGAACCUGUUCUGUGAGCUAACCUGCAGCCCCCGCCAGAGUCUGUUCGUGAACGGCACCCAGUUUACUAAUGACACAGCUGCCAACAAGACCAAUGUGGUGGAAGUCCAGUACUACAUUGGACAGACAUUUGCCAAUGCCAUGUAUAAUGCUUGUCAGGAUGUCCAGGCCCCCUCCAUUAACGUGAAGGCCUUGUCACUGCUCUGUGGUAAGGACGCCAGUGACUGCAACGCCACCAACUGGAUCGAGUACAUGUUCGACAUCAACAAUGGACAGAGUCCCUUCCCCAUCAUCCCUAUAUUCUCAGACGUGCCAGUGUCCGGUAUGAUCCCCAUGAACAACAAGACAUAUGGCUGUACGGAGGGUCUGGAGGAUGGCUCUGGGCCAUGCUCCUGCCAGGACUGUAGCCAGGCCUGUGGCCCCCAGCCUGUCCCUCCGCCCCUGCUUCCGCCAUGGACCAUUCUGGGCAUCGACGCUAUGGUGGUCAUCAUGUGGAUCUCUUAUGUGUCCUUCCUCCUCAUCUUCAUCGGAGCCGUGAUCGGAGCCUGGUGCUACAGAAAAAGGACAAUCGAGUCGGAAUAUGGUCCCAUUUUGGACAGCAAUAACCCUCCCUGUCUGAACAAUGACAACAUUGACCAAGUGGACGCGUCGUGUGGUGAGACGCUGGGCGAGCGUUUCGAGAGCUCCCUGCGUUCCCUCUUCGCCCGCUGGGGCUCGUUCUGCGUACGGCAGCCCCUCGUGGUCAUCCUAGGCAGCCUGGCCGUAGUGGCCGCCUGCUCAGGGGGCCUGGUCUACAUGAAGAUCACCACGGACCCCGUGGAGCUAUGGUCCUCUCCCAGCAGCCAGGCCAGGCAGGAGAAGGACUACUUCGACAGCCACUUCGGACCCUUCUUCAGGGCAGAGCAGCUCAUCAUCACCACCACGCUGCAGUCAGAAUCCGUCUACUCCCCGAACCCCGCAGGGGCUGACGUGCCCUUCGGAGCCCCCCUGGACAAGGACGUCCUCCACCAGGUGUUGGAUCUCCAGACGGACAUAGAAAACAUAGUGGCUUCAUACGGGGACCAGAAAGUGACCUUAAAGGAUAUCUGCUUGGCCCCGCUGGCCCCCUUCAAUGACAACUGCACCAUCCUCAGUGUUCUCAACUACUUCCAGAACAGCCACGACCAGCUGGACCGUAGCGUAGGCGAUGAGUUCUAUGUCUACGCCGACUACCACACACACUUCCUCUACUGCGUCAGUGCCCCAGCAUCCCUCAACGACACCAACAAGCUCCAUGAUCCCUGCCUGGGCACCUACGGAGGCCCUGUCUUCCCCUGGCUGGUCCUGGGAGGCUAUGAUGCCACCAACUACAACAAUGCCACAGCUCUAGUGAUCACCUUCCCUGUCAACAACUACCAUAACGACAGCAUCAAUCUGGGAAAAGCUCUGGCCUGGGAGAAGGAAUUCAUCGUUUUCCUGAAGAACUACAGCAACCCCAACCUGACCAUCUCCUUCAACUCUGAGAGGAGCAUCGAGGACGAGAUCAACCGCGAGAGCGAAAGUGACCUCAGCACCGUCGUGGUCAGCUACGCCAUCAUGUUCGUCUACAUCUCCCUGGCGUUAGGACAUAUCCACAGCUUCAGGAGGGUGCUGGCGGACUCUAAGAUCUCCCUGGGCAUAGCAGGCAUUGUGAUAGUGCUGAGCUCAGUGGCCUGUUCUCUGGGCAUCUUCAGCUAUGCUGGCAUCCCUCUCACCCUCAUCGUCAUCGAGGUCAUCCCCUUCCUGGUGCUGGCUGUCGGCGUUGACAACAUCUUCAUUGUUGUCCAAACGUACCAGAGGGAUGAGCGGAUGCCUCAAGAGGAGCUGCACCAGCAGAUAGGCCGUAUCCUAGGAGACGUGGCUCCCAGCAUGCUCCUCUCCUCCUUUUCUGAGACAGUGGCUUUCUUCCUGGGGGCCCUGUCCACUAUGCCAGCGGUGCGGACCUUCUCCCUGUUUGCUGGGCUGGCUGUGUUCAUUGACUUCUUGCUACAGAUCAGCUGCUUCAUUAGCCUGCUGGGCCUGGAUGCCAAGAGACAGGAGGGGAAUCGUCUGGACAUUGUGUGCUGUGUGAAGCUGCCAGUUGGCCAGGAGGAGAGGACAGAUGGCUUCCUCUUCCACUUCUUCAAGAAGGUCUACGCCCCCUUCAUCCUCAAAGAGUGGGUCAGACCCAUUGUGGUGGCUGUGUUUGUGGGGAUGUUGUCCUUCAGUAUCGCUGUCACCAAUAAGGUAGAGAUUGGACUGGACCAGAAGCUCUCCAUGCCUGAUGACUCGUACGUGCUGGACUACUUUAAGAACCUGAGUGAGUACCUCCACACGGGUCCUCCGGUCUACUUCGUGGUGGAGGACGGCCAUGACUACCUGAGUCUGGAGGGCCAGAACUCUGUGUGUGGAGGGGUGGGCUGCAGCAACAACUCUCUGGUCCAACAGGUCUACGCAGCAUCUCUCAUCAGCAACUACACCACUAUAGGAUUCAACCCGUCGUCGUGGCUGGAUGACUACUUUGACUGGGUGAAGCCUCAGUCCUCCUGCUGUAGAUAUUACAACUCUUCUGGGGCCUUCUGCAAUGCCUCAGUGGUGGACACGUCGUGUGUGCACUGCCGCCCCAUGACCCCCAGUGGGAAGCUGAGGCCCAUAGAGCAGGACUUCAUGAAGUUCCUCCCCAUGUUUUUGUCAGACAACCCCAACGUCAAGUGUGGGAAAGGUGGUCACGCGGCCUACAGUUCAGCUGUGGUCCUAAAGGGGAACAACACAUCUGUGGGGGCCACCUACUUCAUGACCUACCACACCAUCCUCAAGGACUCCCCUGACUUCAUAGACGCCAUGAAGAUGGCCCGUGUCCUGGCUGACAACAUCACUAGCACCAUGGGCCACAAAGUCUUCCCCUACAGCGUGUUCUACGUGUUCUACGAGCAGUACCUGACCAUUGUCUACGACACGGUCUUCCAGCUGGGCAUGUCGCUGGCGGCCAUCUUUGCGGUGACCGCGGUGCUGCUGGGCUUUGAGCUGUGGUCAGGAGUGCUGGUCAGCAUCACCAUCGCCAUGAUCCUGGUCAACAUGUUCGGGGUCAUGUGGCUCUGGGACAUCAGCCUCAAUGCUGUGUCCCUCGUCAACCUCGUCAUGAGCUGUGGUAUCUCUGUGGAGUUCUGCAGUCACAUAGUGAGGGCUUUCUCCAUCAGUGUGAAGAGUACAAGGGUGGAAAGGGCUGAAGAAGCUCUGGCCCACAUGGGCAGCUCAGUGUUCAGUGGGAUCACUCUGACUAAGUUUGGAGGCAUCCUGAUCCUGGCUCUGUCCAAGUCCCAGAUCUUCCAGAUCUUCUACUUCCGCAUGUACCUGGCCAUGGUGCUGCUGGGCGCCACGCACGGACUCAUCUUCCUCCCUGUGCUGCUCAGCUACGCAGGUCCUUCGGUAAACAAAGCCAAGGUGUUUGCAGCCAACAAGCGCUAUGCCGGCACAGAAAGGGAGCACCGCCUCAACUUCUAGAGGCUCUGUGGGGAAAAGAGCAGGACAAUGAUGAUUUUGAACUAACUAACCUUUCUGUCCUGGUCUGGGAGAGACGGUGUGGGGUGGCGCAGCGUGACUGAGGUAGCAGUUUCUAUGAUUUCUGACACGCACUCGCAAUGCAGGGAUGCAACUCAGGAAUAACUGUUGGGUGUGUCUCUGAGGCCUCUCACACUUUAUUUAAUUAUUAUGGGCAAUUCUGGGUAGUUUUCAUUAGGGCACACAGUGGCAAAAUGUUUUGCAAUGGAAAA